CUCGAACUGUGGACAUCAUGAGCGUCUCCACAGAACAAGAAAGCACUGACUCAGAAUGUCUGGUCCUAGGCAGUGAGGAUGGUCAUAUUAUUCAGGUGCCAGGUUCAAUCAACAAGCAUCUGCGCCCCUACCAGCGGGAGGGGGUUCAGUUUCUGUACAGCAGGUACAGAGACAAUGCUGGUGCCAUUCUGGCUGAUGACAUGGGCCUUGGGAAGACCAUUCAGUCCAUUGCAUUCAUAGCAGCCAUCCUGCACAAAUCAGACCGCUCGGACGGCCGGAGCACGCCGCCGUUCCUCCGCAGUCUGGAGACGCUCGAUGUGGCCCCGCCACUGCUGCCUCCCCGUCCACCUCCCGUCCUCGUCAUAUGUCCCGCCGCUGUACUGUACAACUGGCUGUCGGAGCUCAACACAUGGGGGACGUUCGAUGUCGGUCUGUUUGUCAGGGACCGGAGGCCCGAAGUGCUGAGGGCGUCUCGGAACCGGACCCUGGACGUAGUUCUCAGCUCGUUUGAGGCCGCCCGGGACCACGUGACCGCGCUGAACGGCCCCGAUUGGUCGGCCGUCAUCGUGGACGAGGCGCACCGGCUGAAAUCAGUGACGUCAUUGGUGACACAGGCGCUGGGCGGCCUGGACUGCCGGCGACGCAUCGGCCUCUCCGGGACGGUGGUGCAGAACGAUUUGCGCGAGUUCUGGUGUCUGUUGGACUGGGCCAACCCCGGGUGUCUCGGCACCUGUGAGCAGUUCGUCAACGACUUUGUUAGGCCCAUAGAGCGCGGUCGCCGGCGCGGCGCCGUGAAGCGGGACGUGGCCGAGUCCUGGCGGUGCCGGGAGCUGCUGGCCACAAUGCGGCAGCGCUGGGUGCUGCGGCGAACCAAGGCGCUCAUUGCCGACCAACUGCCCAACAAGACCGAUCAGAUAGUGUACUGCCCGCCGUCGCCGCUGCAGCGUCAGGUGUACAGCGCCGUCCUGGACCGGCCCGAUGUGCGUCUGCUGGUCCGCCGCUCCCGGCCCUGUGACUGCGGCAGCGGAAGGAGGGCGGCGCGCUGCUGCCUCAAGCACGAGUCCGGCCCGGCGGCCGGAGUAGCGCUCUCCUACAUGAGCCUGCUGAUGAAGGUUAGCAACCACCCGUGUCUGCUGCUGCCCAGCGGGAGCGCCUCCGCUCAGCAGAACAGGAUGGCACGGCAGGUCUGCCAGUCAGUGUUUGACCAGUUUCCCGAACUGGCUCGCCUUAGUCGAUCACAGGCGUAUCGUGCGCUCUCCGAUCCGAAAUACUGCGGCAAAAUGAAGGUGCUGACCACCUUAAUUGAGCACUUCCGUCAGAAAUCUCAGAAGGUGCUGAUAUUCUCGUAUUCCACUAGAAUGCUCAAGAUAAUACGAGCCUACGUAUUAAAUCAACAGUUUGACCUGACCUACAUUGACGGCGAGACGCCUGCCUCUGAGCGGCCGGCGCUGUGCGAGCAGUUCUGCCGCCGGCCGCAGUGGGCGGUGGCGCUAGUGUCGACCCGGGCUGGCGGUCAGGGGCUGAACAUUGUUGGCGCCACGGCGGUGGUGGUGGUGGACCCCAGCUGGAACCCGGCGCACGACCUGCAGGCGCAGGACAGGGCGUACCGACUGGGACAGACUAAGGAUGUGAGUGUGUUUCGACUCGUCACGGCCGGUACGAUCGAGGAGAACAUCUACCUCAGACAGGUGUACAAGCAGCAGCUCUCCACCCUCGCCGUGGAGGGCGGCACCGGGCCGCGUCUGUUCUCCGCCUCCGCCGGCCGGCCGGGCCUGCAGGGGGAGCUGUUUGGGCUGCACAACCUGCUGCAGCUGCGGGUGGACGGCAGGCUGACCGAGGGGCUGCUGGACUCGCAUAGGAGGAUGGAGAGGCUCCUUACUGCCGCUGCCGGUCACGAGGUGAGCGGAGCUCUCCCCGAAGUCCGGGAGGGUGUGGCCGGCCUCACCGUGAGCGACUACACGGCGGUGGCGCCCGCUGGCGGCAGGGAGGCGCCAUCACCGGAGGGCGCGGAGCUGCUGCCAUCUGACGACGAGGUGGACCAAACUCCGCCCGGCGGCCAUCGAGAGGCCGCCGUGGGCGGGGCAAAGGUCACGGCCUCCAUCGACGUGGCGCUCAGGGACUGCGGCGUGCGCCACGUGCACGGUAACGCCCCGCUCGUGGCCGCCAGCCGGUUAGAGGAGCACGUGGCGCGCCAGGCGACCCGUGCCGUGUAUCAGCUGCACGCGGGCACCCAGGAGCCGGCCGAGAGGUGCGCCCCGCUGCCGCCCCAGCGGGGCGGGAGCGGUCGCGGGGCCCAGCGGGCGCCCCGGCGGCCCCCGCUGGUACCUCCCGGUGGCCUGCCCCGUCCUUCCGACCUGACCCCGGGGUCCGGCCCGGCAGUCCGGCCGACUGGGGGCCGUAGCGGCCGCCGGCUGCCCUCCGUCCUUACUGGAGAGGCCAGCCCAGUACCGCGGGGUAGCGACGGGUCACCGGCCGGAUCAGCCUCCGUCGUCACUGAGGACAGACAUGAGGGUGAUGUGAUCAGCCGCUGGGUCCGCGACGGGAAGGUGUCCAUCGUCAAAUGA